AUCUGAUUACGGAUAUCACGAGAGCUGGUACAGUUAUGUCGGCCUAUUUGACAUUGCCGUGUACAUGUUCGCAUGUUUACCCAUACAGCUGUAUUUGUGAAAGGUAAACACACACGGUACGCACACACAACAUGACUUGACAGACGUGGCCUGCACGCCAUCUUAAAGUCGCGCCCACAUCGCACCUUGCGCACUUGUGUGGUUUGGAUGGUCCGUCUAUGGUUGACCAAAGAGAACUUGGUGAACCAAUCCUCAAGGUUAAUUUACCGCAGCCAAGAAUUGAACAUUCCACAGUCUAGUUGUGCGUGGGGAUUUAACAGCAAUACUUGGCGGACACAAUAGAAUAGAACUGAAUAGAAGUCGGGUCAGUGAGUUCGUUGUUUUGCAAGCGUAAGCGCGUGCACAAACUGCUUCUCGUUUGGCACCAUAAACCAAUGGACCUACUGCACGUACAACUACUAGCAGAACUACAACAAGUACACGAGAUUGCCUACUCCCCCAGCCCAGACUGAAGUUUCCGUUGUACACCAGCCAGCCAACCAACUGCCUCCCUGCAUCGUCACGCAGUCAUCGUAAAACACACCGGACCCACUCGGAACAAAAGAGGGAAAUCACCAACAACCACUCUCGAACAAUUCGUUUCUGUCGAGUAGUUUUCCCCCCACCAAUAUAAAGCUUCACACGAGAGGUUCCAAUGGCAUCGUCAGCGGAACAGCAGGCCGAGAUAGAGGCCGGUCCACAACCAGAAACUCCGGUGCUGUCACCGAAGGAGGAGCCGUUGUCACCCAAGCAAUGUCGGUUCUCGUUGCUGGUGGAGACGACAGAUGACUUCAUGCCGAUAACAACCACCACCAAUCUAGCAGGUGUGACGGAGGAUGGUGGGCGGGGCCAAGGGGAGGAGGAUAAGGACCUCAUUCUCCGUUAUGUCGAGGAUAAUGUAGUCGGCAAAGACACUUGUUUUCCGGGGCCUUUCGGCGAGAAACAAGUUAUCUACUGUGACUACACUGCUUCUGGAAGACCUCUUAAGUUCAUAGAGGACUACAUAACUAACCAUGUGCAUCCCCUGUACGCCAACACGCACACUACCACCGGGCUCAUGGCACGACAGACUUCCCAGUUUCGGAAGGAGGCAAGAGAAAUAAUCAAGCGAUGUGUGAACGCCACAGAUGAAGAUGUCGUCAUUUUUACUGGAAGUGGUACGACGGGAGCUGUGCACAAACUUGUGACUGCUUUGGAACUCAAGGGCGAACGGGCCAAGAAAACGGUUGUUUUCGUUGGACCCUAUGAGCAUCACUCCAACAUAUUGCCAUGGAAGGAGUCAGGUGCGAAGGUCAUCCGCAUAAGGGACGCAGAUCGGGGACAGAUCGACAUGAAACUAUUGGAGCAGAAACUGAAGCACUAUCAGCAUAGGUCGAGGUUUAUGAUUGGCUGUUUCUCGGCUGCUUCAAACGUCACCGGGAUCGUGACAGAUUCGUUAGCUGUGGCAAGCCUGCUGCACCAGUACGGGGCUCUGUCGUUCUGGGAUUACGCGACUGCAGGGCCGUACCUCAACAUCGAUAUGAAUCCCGUCCUAGAUUUGGAAGAUGAGGCCGAAGCAGAAGAAAUGGAGCCACUAGACUUCAGCAAAGAUGCCGUCUAUCUCUCCCCACACAAGUUUGUCGGUGGAGUUGGAACACCAGGACUUCUUAUUGCAAAGAAGAAACUCUUUAUGAAUGCAGUGCCCGGAGCAGUGGGAGGCGGUACUGUGCUCUAUGUGACAAGAGACACGCAUCGCUACGUGUCCAAUAUCGAGGAGCGAGAGGAGGGUGGCACACCAGCCAUCGUAGAAUCCAUCCGUGCUGGUCUGGUCUUCAGACUUAAAGAGUCCAUUACUCCAGCCCUUAUCGAAGAACGGGAACACGAUCUGUCCCUACUUGCCUUCAAGACAUGGCGGAGGAAUCCUAACCUGAUCUUCCUUGGCAGCACCCGAGCUGAGCGUCUUCCAAUAUUCUCCUUUCUCAUCGUCCACACUCCCAGCGGUAAAGUGCUGCAUCAUAACUAUGUAGCCGCACUGCUGAACGAUCUCUAUGGGAUCCAAGCACGGGGUGGCUGUGCGUGCGCGGGGCCUUACGCCCAAGACUUGCUGGGGAUCGACGAGCCGAUGGCGGCCCAGUUUGCAGACUUCCUCGUGGAUACGACCAGAGAUGAAAUGCCAGCAACUAAAGGCAAGAAAAAUGGGAAGAAGGCCCACAAACACAAGGCACUGGAAGUUAUGAAGCCUGGCUUCACGCGUCUGAAUCUUCCUUUCUUCUUCUCUGCCGAAGUCACUGACUUCGUCUUGAAGGCGAUCAAUGACGUCGCCUCCAACGGCUGGAAACUGCUACCCCAGUACGACUUCGAUGUGUACAACGGCAGCUGGAUCUACCAGAACCCCAAGGGUGAAUCAGACGAGCCGUCUACCGAGACCGCCCCGGCAUCAGACAGCCUGCUUACUACCUCCUUCGUCAAGGGGGAGUUCAAAGCCCCGCCCAGUCCCUUCGUGUCCAGGAAGAAAUAUGUCCAGACAACUAAACUACAAGAAACAAUGCAGAUUGCAAGUGUAUUUUACAGUGAGGCCGAAGCCAAGUGCAAAGAGGUUCCCGAUAUGGCCCAGGAUGAUGAGUUCAUUGAUGCUGUUGGCGACCCCAGCAUGGUCUGGUUCCUGCAACCCCACGAGGCAUUAGCACACCUUCGAGACCCGACCCUUGACCAGACAGAUGCGGGUACCGACUCCAGUGCCGCCCUGAGGUUAAAGGUCAAGAAUGUUCCCUUCAAGCCCAGACAGUCCACCGCCCGCCGGUCACGAUUCUCUCGUCGGAGCCGCAGCCGUAAGUCGCACCAACACCAAGCAAAGGAAACAGGGAAACGGACCAUGAAGAUGUGCACCGUGCUUUAAAAAAGUAACAACCACCGAUCUUGCUGUCAUGUUGUAUCCCAGCAUGCUUUGCGAUCGUAAAGUGCAAAUCGCACCGCCAUUUUUUUGGUAUACCGUUGCUUGAAAAGUCAGCAGGUCCUACAUUGAACAGUCCUUAAAAAGUUUACAUGGAUAUUGAAAAUUAAUCCUGUGUAAAUUUUGGUGGUUGUGAUAACGUAAAAUCUUUACAACUAGAAUAAUUAUGGACCCUUAAAGCCGGCACUGUCGGGAUUGUGUGGUAAUUGACAACGGUUGAUUGUCAUAUAAUAAGGUGUAACAUUUCUUCGUGUGAUUUCUUUUAUUAACGAAAUAUACUUCUGAUGUUUUCCAUUUAAUUUCAGAAAUUAGACCAGAGCUAGAGCUUAAAUGAACUUCGGUACUUUUGAAAAUAAAAAGAUUCUGCAAAAUUGUGGCACCAAUGUUAAUUCAUUAAUAGUACUAUUUGUAAUCAGGAAAAUAUGAGAUCCGGAAGCUAAUUGCUUUAAGAACAACACAAUUUCAGUUAAAUUAGUAUUUGUUGGUUUUCAUGUUUAGCGCAUGACACAGUUCAAUGUAUUUUGAUUGUCAGUAACAUGGAAAUUAGAGUAUGAGUUACCGAAUGAACAUCAAAAGAACAUUCGUAAUUUAAAGAUGUAAAAAAAAUAAUAGUAUAACAUUAAUAAAAAGUCCCCGGACACUACUGUCUUCGGUGACGAAUGCCACGGACGAAGCUUGUAAAACUUGGAGGCCAUUCGAAUGAAACACCCUACAUUAUAUUGCUUAAAUUAAUGUGCAGAUUAUUACAUUAACCAGAAACUAAAUGUUUAUUUUUCUAAAACGUUUUAAAAAUGAUUUUCGUUAAUGUGAUAUCUCGAACCACGACCAGUAUUGCCUUUUCAUUUUUUUAAACACAAUAAUGUUUUUCUUGUUUCGCAAUUCCAUUGGUAGAAUUUAAAUUCUACCAAUGAACUCGUGCGUAAAGAUGCACCUCAGAUUAUGAAACGUAUUGACAAAUCCAUAUUGCUAUUCAUGAACUCCAAUUAUUAAAAUGGAAAUAUAAGCUUCAAGUGGUCUUGCUUUUGAUAUUUUAAGAUGAGGUUAGAGACAAUGAUUUUAUAUCCUUUUCGUUUUUACAUGCAUGUCCAAAGUUUGUAAUGGACAAGCGAUUAAUGUAAUCUUAGUAUUGGGCAAAACAGUUCAAAGUUCUCCAGGUUUUACGCAGCCGUGCAUUUAAAUUAACAAACAUUAUCUUAAAGUUACUAAGCAAUGCUGUACAUAUUGCUUAUUUUGUGCCGUAAGAGGCAUUUUUAUUGAAAAAAGUGUUAUAUUUUUGAGACCCGGUUUAGAAAUUAAAAAAAAAUGCGUUCUUGUUAAAAACAAA